AUGAAAUAUGCUAAGAAACUUGAAAAAAAUUUAGUAUCAGAGUGGAGUGAGAAGUAUGUUAAUUACAAAAAAGCAAAAAAACUUGUAACAAGGAUUGCCAAAAAAAAAGAUUUAGAAAAAGCAGAUUAUAGGCGUUCACAUGAAAAACAAUUUGCAAAUAAUUUAUUAGAAAAUCAAAAUUUAAACAUUUUUUUAAACAAUAAUUUAAAUUAUGAUAAUUCAAAUAAUAAUUUCUUAAAAAAAAUAACCGACUCAACAGAAUUAUUUCUAAAAGUAAAUCCAGAAGUUGAUGCUAUUAAAAGCGAAAAAUCAGAUGAAAAUAAUAAGGAUUGUUUCCAAGACUCUCUUUCACCAAAAUUGUCUGUUAAUGUUCCUGAUCUUACGAAUACAUCAUGUUUUUCAAAUUCUUAUACUCAAUAUAUAGCUAAUCAUAAAAAAACUACUCUUAACGAUAUAAAUUCAGAACUAUACUCCGAAUCACUUAAUAACAACAAUGAAAUAUCUCAGUUUUUUAUAUUUUUAAAUAAAGAACUUCGAAAAGUAGAUAAUUUUUAUAAAGAAAAAGAGAAAAAAGCAGAAUUGCGUUUACAACAAAUAAAAGAACAAUUACACGAAAUGGAUAAUAGACAUAAAAAAAAGAUACAUGUUAAUUCAAAAAAAAAGUAUUCAUUUUUUAAUUGGGCAAAUAGUUUUAUAACACCAUUGUAUAAAAUUGUUGCACUUUUUGAAUUAAAAAAAAAAAAUAGCAAAGACUAUCAAGAACACCAUAUUUAUGAAAAUAUUACCUAUAAAACCGCUAAAAAAUGUCUCAAAACAGCUAUUAUUGAUUUUUAUCGUGAGGCAGAGCUUUUAAGAAGCUAUCGUAUAAUGAAUAUAGAAGCUUUUAGAAAAGCUUUAAAAAAAAUAACCAAAAUUACAGGCAUCAAUUAUUUAAAAUUUUAUAUGCCUAAAGUUGCUGAAAGCCAUUUUGGAUCUAGCGAAAUCAAUGAUGAUCUGAUAACAGAAGCAGAGGAUGUUUUUGCAUAUUAUUUCGAGAAAAAUAACAGAAAGAAUGCUAUAAAAAAACUUCGAACUGAACAAAAAAUAACAGAUCAUUCUAGCUCAUUACUUCGUGUUGGUAUAUAUCUUGGAAUUUCACUGCCUCUAUUUAUAGAAGGAUUAGUAUAUGCAAAUAAAACAUUAACUAAUGAUUCAUCCUUAGCAGUAAUAUAUCUUCUUGAAAUAUGGAGUGGUUUUUUUCUUAUAUUAUUAUUUUUAUUACUUUUUGGUCUUAAUUGUUAUAUAUGGACAAAAUCAAAAAUAAAUUAUGUCUUUAUUUUUGAAUUUGAUACAAGACAUAAUUUAAACUGGAAACAAUAUUUGGAAAUACCAUCUUUUAUUUUUCUAUUAUUUUCGUUAUUAUUUUGGCUUACUUUUAAAAAUUUAUGGCAGCCUUUGAUCAAUUAUUAUCCACUAUUUUUUAUUAUAAUAACAACUAUAAUAUUAUUAAACCCAUUACCAUAUUUUUAUAGAGAAUCACGCAAAUGGUUUAUUAUUUCAAACCUUCGUUUGCUUUUUUCUGGAUUAUGUUCAGUUGAAUUUCGAGAUUUUUUUCUGGGAGAUCAAUAUAAUAGUUUACUUUUUUUUUGUUUUUAUAAUUAUUAUUUUAAAAAUCUAAUUCAAUGUGAUAUAUCGCAUUUUAAAUUAAUGGAAUUUCUUCAAACAAUUCCAGGGAUCUUUCGUUUUUUACAAUGUUUAAGAAGAUAUUAUGAUUCUAAACAUGUAUUUCCACAUCUUAUCAAUGCCGGGAAAUACACUUGUGCAAUUUUAACAUAUACUUUUUUUUCUAUUUGGAAAAUAAAUAGUCAUUCAAAAUGGAGAGUCAUAUAUAUUAUAUUUGCUUCAAUAAAUUCUAUUUACACUAGUUUUUGGGAUUUAUUUAUAGAUUUUUCAUUAAUGCAGUUAUAUGCAGAGCAUCCACUUCUAAGGAAUAAUUUAAUAUUUAAGCAUUAUUGGAUUUAUUACUUAAUAAUAAUUUUUGAUCCAAUAUUAAGAUUUUCAUGGGUAUUAUAUUUCAUUUUUAUUAAAAAUAUUCAAUAUUUACAUCUCAUUACAUUUGUUAUUAAUGUAAUUGAGGUUUUUCGAAGAUUCAUAUGGAAUAUAUUUAGAAUCGAAAAUGAACAUUCAACUAACGUUUUAUAUUUUAGAGUUAGUCGUAAUAUACCAUUACCUUAUACAUUUUCUACUUUAGAAAACAAAGAUCAAGAAAUUGUUAUGGAGAACAAUAUAGCAUCAAAGAAUAAAUAUUCAAAACGUCAUUUUUUCAACAUUGCAAUUUCAUUAUUUCAACUAAAACAUCGUGAAGAUUUUACACAUAGAAGACCUGAUUACUCAAAUAACAAAAAUAAUCCUAAUGAAAUUAGCAAUGACAGAAAUAUUUUAUACUUUUCUAAACGACUUAAAAAAUAA